UCGUGACCUGAACUGGACACGAAUUUGUUUCUUACCUGUUACUUGAAACUAGACAUCAAUAUCUUUUCAUUCCGUAAAAAGGUUUGACGGCAUAAAUCCUACAAAAUAGCCCAGUUUAUCUUUAUUAUUUAUAAUACCAAUAAAAGAAAAUGUUUCUUAAAGCUUACUUAAAAUAAAACAUCGGUUUUUGAUUUACAUUCUAUUUUGUAAAAAAAUGUUUCAUUUGUCCGGAUUGGUUUUGCUUUUGUUCUUAUUUAAAGCGAAAGCCCUGGAUUCUGGAAAUGAAAUACCAGUAGUUCACGCUAUAGCUUGGACUAAGGCCUUCAUUCCUUGUAAUGUACCAACUCCUUUGAAAGAUGACGAGGCUUCUCUCAUCUUGUGGUACAGAAUGGAUAUGCCGAACCCACUGUAUACGCUGGAUGUGAGAAACAGACCUAUCGAAAGUGCCCUCCAUUUUCCAUCAGUCGAAAUGCUGGAUAGAAUCUACUUUGAUGUCGCCGCCCAUCCACCUGUGUUAAUCUUGUCACCUGCCCAGCCUGGGGACAAAGGUGACUACAAGUGUCGUGUUGAUCUCAGACGUUCAAGGACACUCUUGCUUCACAUCAGACUCAAUAUCAUAGUACUCCCAGAAGAUCCUAUAAUCAUGGAUGAAUACGGUCAACACAUGCGAGGUGUCAUUGGGCCUUAUAAUGAAGGAGACACGUUAAUACUGAUUUGCGAUGUUGAUGGAGGUGAUCCAUCUCCAUCUGUACAGUGGUGGCGAGGGAAUGUAUUAGUGGAUAAUAAUUUCACUAUCACAUCCCGCGGAUUCGUGCGGAACGAAAUGGUGUUGCAAGAAGUUCAGCGUUCUGAUUUUAUGAUUGAAUACCGUUGCGUUGCUUCUAACACAAACUUGACAAAACCUAAAGCUGCAAGUGUGAUUUUGGAUCUAAACUUAUUGCCCUUAGAUGUGCAAAUCAUAAAACCCGACUUUCCAAUGAUAGCUGGGAAGGGAUACAAAAUAACUUGUGAAACAACAGGAUCCAAUCCACCUGCUUACAUUUCAUGGUGGCUUGAUGGAGAGAAAAUUACCUCAGGGACACUGGAUGCUGUUGUUGAGGGAUCAAAUGUCAGUUUCAGCGAUCUUUCAAUUGUACCCAAACCUGAAGACAAUGGAAGAAUCCUCACUUGCAGAUCUGCUAACCCGGUUUUGCCAAAGAAAGCAAUUGAAGCAAUAGUUAACAUGAACGUGAAUUAUCCUCCGUUUUUAAUAUUAACCAAGAACGUUCAUUCGGACAUAAAAGAAGGAGAUGAUAUUGAAUUGGAAUGUAUAAUCAAAGCUAAUCCAUGGAUACACAAUAUCACUUGGAUAUUUGAAGAUCAUCCUCUCACAAUAAAUAAUAAUCUAAGUAUUCUUAUUAUGAAUCAAACUUUAUUGCUGCAAAACGUGAAAAAAGAACAUAGUGGGAGAUAUCGUUGCACAGCCUCUAAUUUAAUUGGUGAAAGUAACAGCGAAUGUUUACAACUACAAGUCAAAUUUUCACCAGUUUGUAAAUUUAAAGAAACCCAAGUGUACUUCAUUGGAAGAACAGAAGAAGUUAACUUAACCUGCGAAGUUGAUGCCUUUCCUCGAGAUCUUUCCUUUCAGUGGUCUCUGAUAAAACCAUUAGAAACUCUAGUUCUUCAAAGCUGGAAUAAUCAUGAAAGCAAUGGAGUCCUUGUCGUUUCUCCAGUACUAUUUGGAAAAGUAACUUGCCUUGCUCGAAACAGUGAAGGCGUACAAAAACUACCUUGCGUUUUCAAAAUUCUGCCAGCAGUUCCUCCCAAGCCUCCUCUUCAUUGCUUAGUGGUGAAUGAGACAGCAGGGCUUCUCUAUGUGGAAUGCCAGCCAGGUUAUAGCAACAGUCAAUCGCAAAUUUUUCAUCUUGAAGUAUACAACAUCGAAACAGAGGAAAUUGUGUAUAAUUUUACGAACAAUCAAUGGCCUGUAUUUAAUAUUAGUAAUCUGCCUUUAAGCAUAUCUUAUGUUUUAAAGGUCUAUGCUUCUAAUAACAACGGCCGAAGUAGUGAAGUAACAAUUUCCAUUACUGAUCUUUCUCCAGCUGAAAGAAGACGAGUUGAAGAGGAUCUAAUGCCAGUCAAUUUUGUACUAAGUAUUUUUACUGGAGUCUUAGCUUUCUUCAUCAUUAUGACAAUGAUUACUAUUUAUUUCACGGUGCGAUAUCAUAAAGUUCAUGAUGUGAACAAAAAAG